CUCUUCACCUACCAUUAAAUUUGAUUAAUCAUAUAUUCAAUUUGGUCUAGAUGCAGUUAAUGUCGCUUCUCUUCGGCGACAUUUUCUAUUCACGCGACAUUUUACAUUUAUGGUGUAUGGAUUUUUUUUCAACAAGUAUCAACAAACUGAUUGAAUUGAGGUUUGAAAUAGGCAACCAAAGGUUAGAAGAAUAUAAGAAGAACAUAAGAUAAGAACAAUGGCCUAUACAUCCCCAGCAGUGGUUAUAGACAAUGGGUCAUAUACUACAAAGGCAGGUUUUGCUCUGGAAGACUUACCAUCAUUAGUGUUCAAUUCCAAUUAUUCUAUCGAUCCUAAUAACCCAGAAUCAUUUGUGAUUGGUGAUGAAGAGAUCGAUAGUCAACCUGAGAAUGAAAUCAUGACCUUAUUGGAUAAUGGGAUCAUCUAUGACUUUGAUCAUAUAGUUAAGAAUUGGGAAUAUGUAUAUAAUAAUGUUGAUAGUCAUUCAUCAAUUGAUUCAAAGGAAUAUCCAUUAGUUAUGACUGAACAAUCAUGGAAUACAUCAAAGAAUAAAUUAGCCACUACUCAAAUUGUGUUUGAGAAUUUUGAAGUUCCUAUAUUUUCCUUAGUGAAAUCACCAUUAUCACAAUUAUACCGUGCUGGUAAAUCAACUGGUAUAGUGAUUGAUAUUGGUUCGUCUGUGGCCAGUGUGACACCAAUAUUGGAUGGUAUAAUUCAAAAUAAAUCAAGUUUCCAUUCCAAAUAUGCUGGUGAUUUCGUCAACUUACAUGUGUUGAACUAUUUACAAACCAAAACUAGUAUUGAAAGUUUAUUACCUUCAAGUUAUGCUAAAGCCAGUGAACCAUUUAAGCAUUAUUAUACCAGUCAUAAUGUCUUACAAGAAUAUAAGAACUUAUCAAUGAAUUUCCAAUUAAAACAUUUCCAAUUAGAUAAUCAAUCUCAUAUUAGUGUUGAUGAUUCACCAAACUUAUUACUUAACGUUAUAAAUCCAACCUUACAUAAAUUACCAAACAUAACUUUACCAGAAGCCACUCCUGAUAAACCAAACACUCAUGGUAUAGUAAACUUAGUAUUCUUUGCUUUAAAGAGUUUACAACAUACUUUAUUACCUGCCAAUAAUGAAUCAUCCUCAUCUCAUAACAAAUACGCUAAAUUCACAGAAAUAUUUAAAGAAUUAUUAGGAAAUAUUUUAAUUACUGGUGGUUCAUCAAAUUUAAAUGGUUUACCCGAAAAGAUUUUAAAUGAUCUUAGACUUUCAAUUCAAGAAGUUUAUUCAGGUUAUGCAUUCAUAUAUAACGUUCAAACCAUAAGACAUUCAUCCAGUGCUGAUCCAUCUAAUGAGAUUUGGGAUAGACAAUUUGGUAGUUGGUUAGGUGCAUGUAAUUUAGCUAAUAUGUUAAAUGAUGUUUCCAAUAAUGAAGAAGGUAUUGAAUCUAACAGUGUCAAGAUCGCCUUAGAUAAUUGGUUUGUUACUAAAGCUGAUUAUGAAGAGUUGGGUGAAGAUUUAAUUGUCGAAAAGUUUAAGUAGAGAGAGAAAUUAUGUAUUAUUAAUAAUAAAAGCUGUAUUGUAUUUUUUUGUUUG